UCCCUAUAAGACGACGCCAAAACAAAAUAUAUUUUCUGCACUUUUGAAAGACAUUUUACCAUUUCACCAUGUAUAACGUAGACUGCAUUCCCAUCAAGGACAUCAAACCGGGCCUGAAGAACAUCAAUGUGAUCUUCAUCGUCCUGGAAGUGGGCGUGGCCACCGUGACAAAGGAAAACCGCGAAGUGCGGAACUUCAAGGUGGGCGAUCCCACGGCCUGCAUAAAUGUCUCGAUUUGGGACGAGCCGGGAAAGCUGAUAGCCCCCGGUGAUAUAGUGAGACUGACCAAGGGCUACGCCUCCAUCUGGAGACACUCGUUGACCCUGUACUCCGGCAAGAACGGCGAGGUAUUCAAGAUCGGUGAAUACUGCAUGAUCUUCAACGAGACGCUCAACAUGAGCGAGCCAAAGCGGGUGGAGCAGCAGGCGGUGGCCAAUCCUGGUGGCCAAUUGGCAACAGUUCCUCCGACGGGACUUCCGACUGGAAGUGGUGCUGCAGGUCUUCCCGCAAAGGGCGGUUCUACUGGCCUUCCGCAGCCCGUGGUGGCCGCCGCUUCAGGCGUUCCCGCUGCCCAGGGCCCCGCGACCACAGCUCCUGCCCCGGCAGCCACCAGUGCUCCCCAAACGACAACGAAACCGGGCACUCGCGGCGGCCGAGGAGGCGGAGGACGAGGUGGCCUCAAGGGCGACCGGCGGUAAGUGGUCUGGACGCGUGGGCUAGGAUCAGGAACUAAGCGAACAAGAACCAAACCCUAGUAUUAGUGUUUAGCUUAAUGAUUAUCUUAAAAAUGUUAUCCAAACCGUUUUGAUUAUACUUUUGAUUAUACAAUUUACGAACAAUGUGUACUUAUAAAGUGCAACAGAUUUUUUAAGCUAUUAUUUUGUUUCACAGCUGAAUAGAAUAUGAAUACUUUUUUAUAAAACAAAUGAUUUCAAAUAAGUAACUAUGAAAACCAUUUCUCACUCCAAAUUGCUGUUCAAAAGGUUUCUUUAGAGUUGAAACUGAUUAGGUUGACUAAAAUUCUAUUUGCGAAUAUGACAUAAUAAAAAAAUUAUAUUUUUGGCAAAAUUUUAA